AGCCGGAUGAGGAGUGGGUUGAAGAUGAUGGCGUCACCCAAUGACGACAUGGAGUGUCGCCGUUUUGAAUCAUUCCGGACUCAUGAAGUACUUUUAUAUGGACCGCCACACAGCACAAGUCUGUUUACCUUGCAAUGGCUCCAUCUAGUGGACAAUGCGAGGGCGUGCGCCACCUGCUGGAUGACGUCUUCACUCGGCGCCGGGCUCUCCAGGCCCAACUGGAGAUCCUGGAGCGGGACGUCGGCCGCCUCAAGGAGUGGGCGUCCAAUUUGAGCGAGAAAAGGUCCAAGCGCCAGGUGAGCUUGGACGCGCUGACCGGCGCCGUGGGUCAGAUUGAGGCGAAGACGUCGGCCAUCACGACAGACUUUGGAAACAAAGUGGUGUCCGUGAGGACCGACGUCCGCCGCAUGGACGGCCUGCGCUCAGAACUGGAGUCUCUCCUGACGCAGGUCUCCGAGCUGGAGGACAGGGUGUCCCGAGCGGAGCACGGCAUGGUGAAGCGCAUCGGCGACGUGCUGGCCGGCAGCAUCGACCGUGUCUCCAACCUCCGCGCGGCCUCCGAACGCAACACGCAGGCCCUCGAGCGACUGCGCCGCCGCCUCCCCGAGCUGGACGCCGCCGCCCGGGACAUCUCGGAGCGGCUGAGGGAGCUCGAAGGCGGCCGAGCUCGGCUCAUCCGCACGGUGGGCUUCGCCGGGGACCUCAAGCCCAAGGUGGCCGCCAUCAAGCGAGACUUUUCCGCCUUUGAGCCACGCCUUUCCGACCUAACGUUACGCAUCGGAAGCCUGGCGGAGGACAUCGGGAAGAGGGGGGAGGAGGUCGCGGAGUUGAGACGCGCACUGGACAAUCUCACCUGUGUGGAAGAUGUGAGUAAUGCGAAUGAGCAGGCUGUGCUUUUAUCGGAAUUUAAAGGGACGCCGCGGCCUAUAUGAGCAACACGCUACUUUUAGUUUCACUAUCGCUCGUCUGGAAAUAAAGAUUGUCUGGGGGCUUUCCACACAUUCACUGCGUCUUUUAAGUGAGAAAGACAUGGAGCCUAUCCCAGCUGACUUCGGGCGACAGGUGGGGUACAACCUGGACUGGGGGCCAGCCAAUGGCAGGGCACAUAUACGUACAUGUAUUUAAAUGUGCACAAUGAUUGUACAAACUCGUACAAUCGCACAUCACAUCUUCCUGCAAACAGCGCCCUCUCCUGGAUUUACAGCUGCAGCACUUUUUUUUUUUUUUGCAGCGGCAACAAGCCGCCAUAAAAACAGAAAUAAUUUACAAUUUCAAGCAACUGAAUGCCAAAAAUAUCUCCUGGACACACUGACAUGACAUCAUGCUAGGUUAGCCCGUUAGCCGGAGGAAAACAAACGAAGCAAAAGUGCGGGUCGCACGUCUGUAGCGACUGACUAGUCAUCGGCAGAGCUUUAUUUUGAGAUGUGUAGCAAAGCCUGAUUUUGAUUUUGUGCAAAGACGUCCUGGAGGCUUAUACUGUAGACACGUGGGGGGUGUUGCUUUUGAUGAAUGAGUGAAUUGUUGGUCAUUUUUGGAGGAUGGUCGGCUUCCCCCUGCGGUCCCGGCGUUAGAGCAACCGGGUGUUUUCCCACAUGAAUGACAUCAGAGAUGAAGGUCAACACGAGUGUUUUUAUUAUAAAAAUGUGGGCUUAUUUGAUUGACGGGAAAGAAAGGAGUUCAGGUCAUCAGUCCAGCUCACCCCCGCCUGUGCAACAUCCCGUUCACGUGACUAAGUGUUUUAUUGAUGCUCCUCCUGGCGAGGGCCUUCAGAUAAAAUCGCCAGGGUCUGAGUGGCCUCCUGCAAGGCUCUCCGCAUGGAGGCAAUGGCCCGUCCGUGCUCCUCCAGUGUGGCGGCGUGCUCCGCCUCCCCCUCGGGGGCAAGCAGCCUCCUCUCUAGCUCCUCCACCCGCUGCCCCAUGAGGGAGUCUGUGGCAGCCAGCGUGUCCUGGGUCUCCCCCAUGGAGGCAACGUUGGACCGGAGGUCCUCCAGGCUGCUCCUCAGGGCCUCCAGCUCCUCGUGCUCUCCUCGCUCCUUCUCGGCCAGAGUGCUCUGGCGGGUGUCGUGCUUGGACAGAAGGGACUCCACCUUGGAGGAGAGGAAAUCCCCGCUCUCCUCAGACGCCUUCAGUCGGGCUUCCGCAUUGUCCCACCUCUUCUGCGUCUGAGCGGAGACCUCGCUGAGCUUCUUCUCCACGUCACGUACACCAUCAAGUGCUUGCUCCAAGCUGCCCUCCAGCGUGCUGCUUUGAUCCUUCAGGGCUUGGACGUCCAUCUGAGCCGCAGACACGGACAGCUUGAGGCCUCCGAGCGCGUCCUGCAUCAGCGACCUCACUGACUCCACCUCCUGCGACAGCGACGCCACUUCCUGGUUCCUCGUCUGGAGCUCCUCCCUCACGGAGCCGAUCCGCUCCUGGAUGGACACGGCAGAACUGUCGGCCUCCUGCUUCGCCGCCCUGAUCUCGGCCACCGCGUCCACGAUUGCGGACAGCUCCUGCUUGACGAGGGCGGGGUCCUCGAUGCCGACCAGGCGGCCCUCCAGGGCAGCCAGCUGGCGCCGCGCCUCGCCCUGAGCCUCGGUGAACUCGGCCACGCUUGCUCGCACCGAGCUGCUCACCUCCUCCAGGCGCUGCUCCACCGUCGUCUCCAGGGAGGAGAAGUCACGCUCCCGCGCCUCCUUCACCUCGCUGAUGCCCUCGGAGAGGUCCCUGAGGAGGUCGUUCUGGAGCCUCUGGAGGGCCUCCUCCACCCUCCUGGUCUCCUCCUCACCCUUCUUCAUGCGGCUGACGGCGCCCUCCAGCUCCGCCCGGGUGGCACCCAGUGACAACUCCAGGCCCUCCACGACGCUCCUCAGAGACCCCACCUGCCGAAACCAUCAGGAAGCUUGAGGGCGGCCAUAUUGGGGAGCAUAGUCCAUACGUCCGUGACUACGCUACACACAAAGUACCACCUAAUAAGUACAUCUGUAACUACGCUACACACAAAGUACCUCUGUACGUAAGUACAUAUGUACAAAUAUUUCAUGUCAUGUCUCCAGUGUGAUUUCAUCAAAUAAGAUAU